AUGAAAUCGAAGGAAGGGAAACAGCGAUCAAUUUUCCUGGUUAGUGUUGGGGCAAAGACGUAUAAGUUAAUCCGAAGUUUAGUUGCUCCUGAAGAGCCGAAAAGCAAAAGCUACGAAGAGCUGGCGAAAUUAGUGCAAGAUCAUUACCAGCGGAAGCCAAAUGGUAUAGUUGAACGAUUCAAAUUUAACACGUGCUGCCAACAACAAGGUGAGACAAUUCCAAUGUAUUUAGCAGAGUUAAAGCGUCUCUCAGAAAAUUGCGAAUUUGGUUCAAAUUUGAACGAAAUGUUGCGUGAUUGAAUUGUGUGUGGGACAAGUGACCACAGAAUUCAACGUCGUUUGUUAGCAGAACCUAAACUGACUCUGAAGCGAGCUCUUGACCUCGCUAUAGCAAUUGAAACAUCCGAAAAGGACGCUUUAAAUCUGCAGAAGAAUAACACGCCAGGGGCGAAUGGCAUGAAUAAACGGACGGAACAGUUCGAGUUCCCAAGGGACAAAACACUGGUUGUAGGUGCAGUCGGUGUGAUGGGAACCACAGCCCCACUGAAACGAAGCUAA